AUGUCGCUUUCACCGAUUCCAUAUUCAGCCUCAAGUCUACAAAGUCCUCCGGCGCUCGCAACACCACCGCCCCCUCCGCCAAAACCCUCGAGCCACGAAGCGAGCGGGAGAGGCACUCCGAUCCCUAAUCCACACGUUAGAUCGCCGGCUCCGUCUACACCACCCAAGGAAGCUUUGGCACCUCGCGAAGAUGCACAAACAGUAGCAGGUGACAGAAACUUUGCUUCACCGAGCAGUUCUGCUCAGCCACCGGGGCGAGAUGAUGGAUGGAUUCCAGAAACCCUCAGAGACAAAUCGACCAAUGACCUACAGUCCGUCCUCUCCGAACCUCUUCUACUCAAUGCCCUAGCAAAUACUCACCCCUCGUACCCCGCCUCUCAAAGCCAUCUCCUGGCUCUCCUCCACGCCAACAAGUCACUGGCAGCCCACGCCCUAGAGCUAGAAUCGCAUCUCUCCUCUCUCCGGUCCUCCACUGAAACGCUCCUAUUACAGCACCAGUCCCUGGAGCUCUCAUGGCGCAAGAAACAGACCGAAAUGGACACCGCCUUGGCACCAUGGUCGCCCAAGGCGCUCUACCAGAGACUUGUGGCGGGCAUUGCGGAGCAGGAGGCGGUGGUGAGGGCGGUGGAGGAGAGCUUUUUAGAAGGUGACUUGCACCAUGGGGUUGCGGGUGAGAGGGAGGUGGUGGAGUGGGUCAGGCGUGUGAGGAGCGAAAGCGCAAAGUUGGAGAUGCGAAGGGAAGCAAGGGCAAGGUGGGAUGAAGGAAGAGUUGGGGGCUGGAGGUAG